AUGUCGGUUGCUGGCUUCACGUCCUUGAGCCGCUGUGGUGUUUCGGCUUUCCGCUCCCCCGCUGGACUGGUGGCGGUACGGUAUGCCCAAACAGCAGCGGCUCCAGCAGCACAACCCAGAAUAAAGAAGUUCCAGGUGUACAGAUGGGACCCAGACACUCCAGGAGACAAACCCCGCAUGCAGACAUACGACAUCGACCUCAACACUUGUGGCCCGAUGGUUCUUGACGCCCUUAUCAAGAUCAAAAAUGAGAUGGACUCCACUCUGACCUUCCGCCGCUCCUGCAGAGAAGGUAUUUGUGGAUCCUGUGCCAUGAACAUUAAUGGAGGAAACACGCUUGCCUGCCUCAACAAGAUUGACACCAAUCUUAGCAAGCCAUCUAAGAUCUACCCUCUGCCACACAUGUAUGUGGUGAAGGAUCUGGUACCUGACAUGAGUAACUUCUACGCCCAGUACAAGUCUAUUGAACCCUACCUGAAGAGGAAGGAUGGGACAAAGGAGGGGAAGGAGCAGUACCUGCAGUCUGUGGAGGACAGACAGAAACUGGAUGGGCUGUAUGAAUGCAUUUUGUGUGCCUGCUGCAGUACGAGCUGUCCCAGCUACUGGUGGAAUGGAGACAAAUACCUUGGGCCUGCUGUGCUGAUGCAGGCGUACCGUUGGAUGAUUGACUCGAGAGAUGAGUUCACAGAGGAGCGUCUGUCCAAGCUGCAGGAUCCAUUCUCCCUCUACCGCUGUCACACUAUCAUGAACUGCACCAAAACCUGCCCCAAGGGACUGAACCCUGGAAAAGCAAUCGCUGAAAUCAAGAAGAUGAUGGCCACGUACAAGGAGAAGAGGGCCGCCGCUAUCUGA